CACAAGGUGUGUUGGUCAAGAACAAUAAAAAACAACAAAUUACAAUAAAAAGUUACAAAAAAUUACAAUAAAAACGAGAGUUAAGCCGACCAAGAGGCCCCUACUCCCAAACACGGCCGCAGCGGCCCCGAAGAAGAAUCAGGAACCAGGACAAGAAGAAAGAAAAGUAGACAAACAAAUGAACAACAAAGAACAGAAAAGAGCAGAAAGCAGUAGCACAAACAAGGCCGAGCAGGUCAGCCAAGGAAUGAGCAUCCACCACGGACUGACAACACCUCAUCGAAGAGACACGCGACCAGCAUCGAGCGAAAGGAGAGCCUGGAAAAAGGACCACCAGGCCUAGCUCUGCCCAACACUCAGCCAAUUGCAUCCCUGCUGAUUUUUCCAUGCACAACAAGCCACUCGACCGUUGUUUUAAUCGCCUUCCGAAAGACAACCUUAGCCUCAUCAAAAGUGUCUUGGAACGUACGCUUGUUUCUUUCGAGCCAAACUUGCCAACAAACAACGUGAAAGAUGCAGUAGACCAUCCAAUCACUAAAACUGUCAGGGGUUUCAGAUUUCCAGCCUCGAAUAAUGCAUAUGAUGUUGUUAAUCCCGACGGGAACACCAAAUUGUCGCAGACUCUCCUCACCUCGUGCCACACUUCUUUCCCGAACUUGCAAUUGAUGAAGAGGUGGUCGACGGUCUCUUCCUCACGACAUCAAAGAAUGCAACGGUUCACGAUUUGCCCACCCCUUUUCUGGAUAAUAUCUUGCAUCAUGAUCCGCUUGUGAGCCACUGUCCACAUAAAGGCAUUGAUCUUCGAUGGUAUGCACCUCCUCCAAACAGAGUCGCCUGGGAAGUUAUUCACCCAGGAAAUCGUCCUGCAACCAAAAACGAGUACAUGGCACGAACAAAAAAAGACGAGCCGGGGUACGGGGACCAAACCAAUUUGCUCGGUCCACACACCACCCGAAGAAUGUCAAUAGAAUUCAACAACUCUAAUAAACUCACUCUCUCCCUAUCAGCCCCACCCCUUAGGUUGUGAGUCAAAACGAUUUUCCACUCAAAACUCUCACCUAGGGCUGUCGGUUCGGUUCGGUUCGGGUAACCGAACCCGAAAACCGCAAAAAAACGAGAAACCGAAACCGAAACCCGCCAACCCGAAACCGACCAUAUGCUUUGCGGGUUUCGGGUACAGGAACCCGAAAAAUAACUGCGGUUUUGGCUCGGUUCGGGUGAACCCGAAACCGAACCGGAUUGAAGUUUUUUUUUUUUUAACUGAAGCAGUAACAACACGAGGAUUGGGGGCAGGUGAUUCUCAGUUACAAUGACAUAGAAUAUGGCUGCUGAAAAAUGACUCAAAGUCCUGCAAACAUUGCAAUCUCUCUUUUGAUACCACAAAGUAAAUGCAGUUACAAUUCAAGGUGCAACUCUUUACACUUAACUAAAUCCACUCAUUCAAAGAUUCAGUUCUUGACUAAGAUGCUGGUUACUUCAGGAAUGAAGGACACCUCACCUGGCAAUAACCAACAUCUGAAUCCCGGAAGGAGUAUCCAACGAGAACACGACGAAGAGCAGCAUGGCCUUCCGGAGUGUCCAGCCAUGGGUGGCCAGGAAAAGUGCGCGGCAGCCGGCAGGUCCUGUCAACCAACAAUAAACAUAUCACAAACAC